AUGAAUAGGUCGGUACAGAAUAACCCCCCUUCGAGAAUUGUAUAUUUGGGUUCGAUACCUUAUGAUCAGACUGAAGAACAAAUUCUAGACUUGUGCCGCAAUGUAGGGCCCGUGGUCAACUUGAAGAUGAUGUUUGAUCCUCAGACAGGUAAAUCGAAAGGGUAUGCAUUCAUUGAAUAUAGGGAUUUGGAUUCGAGUGCUAGUGCAGUAAGAAACCUCAACGGAUAUCAACUGGGAAAUAGACUUUUGAAGUGUGGUUAUUACGGUGGAGGCGAUAUGGGCAAUAGUGCUGGGUCAGGCGGUACAGAAGAAGAAAAGGAAUCAUUUCCUGGUCUACCUCAAGGUGUUGAUGUCAAUAUUAACAUGACUACUCCUGCGAUGAUGAUAUCCAGCGAACUUUCCAAGAGAUCGAAACAAGAACAACUACAACUACUAAAAACAUUGCAGGACAUGGCACGCGACAACUCGGAACAGUUUACCUCUCUUUUAGAACAGUGUCCACAGCUCAGCUUUGUGGUCGCUGAGUUGCUUUUGACUAAUGGCAUAAGUACAGUAGACGACCUCACGCAACUUGCCGUUCAGCAUAAUCCAUCGAGCGCUACGCCCUCUCAGGAUCCCAAGAUACAAGAGCAACAGCGUGAUCUUUUAAGACAAGUGUUACAACUAGCUGACAGCGAAAUCGCAGUUCUUCCAGACGAUGAAAAAAUGUCUCUGUGGGACCUGAAGCAGAGGGCAAUGAGGGGGGAAUUCGGUGUUUUGUAA